CGCCACCACCCUCACUCACUCAGCCAGCCAGCGUUACAAUAGGAAGGAGGAGGAGGAGGGAGGGAGCGGCGGGAGGCAGUAGCAGGCUAGCAGCAGCAGCAGUCACAGCAGAGCAGCGGCGGCUGCGUUCAGACUACCACUACCAGUUCCUCCUCCUCCGCCGGUUCCUACCCCUGCUCCUGCUCUGCUCUGCUCCUUCUCCUCCCCCCAAAUUCCACACCUCAAAUAAUAAACAAAUCAAAGCAAGCAAAGGCGAGCAAGGAACCGCGGGUGUGUGUGUGUGUGCAGCCCCGGCAGGGCAGAUCCGCGAGAUCCGGCGCUCGGGGGCGCCGAUGACGAGCGGCGCCGGGGGAGCCGCCGCCGGGAUCGGGGGCACCAGGGUGCCCACGUGGAGGGAGCGCGAGAACAACCGCCGCAGGGAGCGCCGGCGCCGCGCGAUCGCCGCCAAGAUCUUCGCCGGACUCAGGGCCUACGGCAACUACAACCUCCCCAAGCACUGCGACAACAACGAGGUGCUCAAGGCGCUCUGCAACGAGGCCGGCUGGACCGUCGAGCCCGACGGCACCACCUACCGCAAGGGAUGUAAACCUCUGGCAACAGAACGGCCUGAUCCAAUUGGAAGGUCGGCAUCACCAAGCCCUUGCUCUUCAUAUCAACCCAGUCCACGAGCUUCAUACAAUCCAAGCCCUGCAUCCUCUUCGUUUCCAAGCUCUGGAUCCUCCUCUCACAUUACUCUUGGUGGGAACAACUUCAUGGGUGGUGUCGAGGGCAACUCUCUUAUCCCAUGGCUAAAGAACCUUUCCUCGAGUUCCUCAUUUGCCUCCUCCUCCAAGUUCCCACAGCUUCACCAUCUCUACUUCAACGGUGGUUCCAUCAGUGCACCGGUAACACCUCCAUCCAGCUCUCCAACUCGCACACCUCGCAUCAAGACUGACUGGGAGAAUCCAAGUGUUCAGCCACCAUGGGCUGGGGCAAAUUAUGCUUCUCUUCCCAACUCCCAACCGCCGAGCCCUGGGCAUCACCAGGUUGCUCCAGACCCAGCAUGGCUAGCUGGGUUUCAGAUAUCAUCUGCUGGUCCUUCAUCUCCAACAUACAGCCUUGUGGCACCGAAUCCUUUUGGCAUUUUCAAGGAGACCAUCGCCAGCACCUCAAGAAUGUGUACCCCUGGACAGAGUGGAACAUGUUCUCCUGUAAUGGGUGGUGUGCCAAUCCAUCACGAUGUCCAGAUGGUUGAUGGUGCCCCAGAUGAUUUCGCCUUUGGGAGCAGCAGCAACGGCAACAACGAAUCACCUGGUCUUGUGAAGGCAUGGGAGGGGGAACGGAUACACGAGGAGUGCGCCUCGGACGAGCAUGAGCUGGAGCUCACCCUUGGGAGCUCGAAGACUCGUGCAGAUCCCUCCUGAUCAUGCUACAAGAGUCAAGUCUUCACCUGGGUUUUUACUUUCAUCUUUAUUCGGACGGCACUCUUCUAUUUUAUGAGUUCAGUGUUUGUAGAAAGAGAGAAGGGAUUCAGAGAUCUUAUCACAGUCCUCUGGAGAUGAUAUCCAUCCUCUUUCAAGGAUCUGAACUUAUUCUAGCCUAAGCAAAUUGUUAACUUAUUUAUUUCAUUUUUUCUUCAUUUCUUUUUUGUCUCCCUCAAGAAAUGAAAAGGAAAAAAAAUGCAAGGGAAAAGAGUGCUUGCAGGGGACCUUAGACAGGUCGGAGAACUGGUCAUCCGUCAGCAGUAGCUGAGAUCCCUGUGGCAUUCAUGUGCCCUUGUAAAUUAGCUCCAGUUGUCCUUGAUAUGACUAUUAUCGUUGUACUUGUGUCGAAAGUGUGUACAUUGUAUGGAUCAUUCAUUGGUUCUGUCGUGCCUUUGCUGAUUAAACUGUUUAGUUCAGGUGGUUCCAAUUUGUAGGGGAUAAGGGUUUUGCUACCAUAUUCUACCAUGCUUUUCUUGUCAUAUCAAAAUUCCAGGGAAGAUACGCCGCAUGUAGUCUAAACCUGUGUAAUUGCUUCUGUGGUAGGUUGGAUUCACAUUUUGAUGCA